CAUGUGCAACGGGCGGGGCUGCAAGCGGGAGUCCGCCGUCCGCGCGUCGCUGCGCCUGGGCGAGCGGGCGACUGCGUCCGCGGCCGGCGGCCUGGGGCGAGGCCGGCGCUGCGCGACGACGGGGCCUGAGGCUGGUGUUGAUCUUAUGGUGGCAACGAGGACGAGUCCGUCCAAGGCGGAGCCCAUGGCGCGGGAGCCGCCGCGUCCGGCAACGGGAGCUGAGGCCGAGAUCGCCAGGACGGAGAAGCUCCUGCACUUGCUCCUAUGGGGGCCGAACUAACUGACCCCCCGACCACCCGGUCUGUCACGUCUGCAACGAUCCGUGCACCAAGACCCGUCUCAGUAGGGUGCAAUGUUUGCUAAAAUUUUUGUGUGUGAUCAGUAGGGGGGCAAUGUUUGCUAGCUGUUCGAUACAUGAUCUUCUUAUUUAGGACUUACGAGCGGAGGUACAGCCUACGGACUGGAUUUGUGUAUUGUAAAGUCCAUAUGGCCAUAUGGGUAUCUGAUCUAGGAGUACUUGGCACAAUCGGAAAUCUCUUGUACUACAU